UAUCCUAGACUUCGUCUUUGUCGUCCUCUUUCUAGACCUCCUCCAAAAUUUCCCCAAAACCUUCCUAGCCCUAGCAAACUUUGGAGAAGGGAGUGAAUUGAGGCUGGAAGUCCGAGACAAACACCUUGAAGACAUAGAAUUUCUCGCGAGGACUCGGUCUCCACGCCACCAGAGAGAAGCGGUGACUAAGCCGGAGGAGAGGUAUGUCGUCGACGCUACUUGAGGUAACCCGCGCGUCACACGAGGAGAUAGAGCGGCUCGAGCGGGUCAUCGUUAAGGAUCUCCAGACCGAGCCGGCCACCAAUAAGGACCGCCUCUACCAGAGCCACCCCGUUCGCAACGUUAUUGAGAGAAUCAUUGACACCACGCACAGACUUGUCGAUAUCUAUGAAGAUAAAGACGGGGUGCGGAAGGAUGAGAUUGCGGCUCUGGGAGGACAAACUGCUACUGGAAGUAACAUGUACAGUGCUUUUUAUGACAGAUUAAAGGAGGUAAACAAGAGGGUUACGUGCUAUUGGAGGCUUUCAAGACAAGGGGUUCAAGCAUUUGUUAGGCUCUACUCAAGAGUGAAAGUUGAAUGGGAAGGGGAGGGGAUGGAAUGCUUAGGAUAUUGAUCUAUCUCUGAUGAGAUAAUGCUAUGGCUAAAAUGAUAGUGAUGCAAGUGGGCUGACAGUAGAGUAGUGGAGGAUGAAGAUAUGGCUGAAAAUGAGGUGCACAUACGGCGUAGCAAACGUGACAGGAAGGCUCUGGU